CAUUCUCCUGCAGGCUAGGCAUUGGGUAAUGAAACACAAUCCCUAGCCAACCUACAAAUACAUUUGAAUGCACAUGAUAUGCACCUGAUCCUAGUAGAUAAUUAAGGAAAAUGGUGUUCAGUACUGACUCCCCAUUUAUAUGAUAUGUAUUCUGAAUGCUUUGGUGAUUGACUUGGAGAUUUAUUUUUCAGGAAUGAACACGUGAAAAACGCGCCAUCUGAGGUUACCUCGUUAAACCACUGAGAGACCAACACUAGUGGACAUAGCACCAUAAGGCUCAAUCACGUGGCAUCCACGGAUGACAGAAAUCACCUAUAAAAAUCCUUUUCUUAGACCAUCCAGAAAACGCUAAUAGAUCACGUCCCCAGAUUCUUUCUUGUUUCAUCUGCUGAGCCUUCAUGACUCCACUGGUCCCAGGACACAUAGAAGAAGAGUGAGAAUUCAGUCCUGUCACUCUCCAGGAAUACCAUUGUAUAUUGCAGAUUGGCGAAUCCAAGAUUGUAAAACUAUGAUAAUCCUCUAUAAUAACAGCCUCCACAAAGCUACUUUCUUCCUGACGGGCUUUCAAGGUCUUCAAGAUCUCCAUGGCUGGAUCUCUAUCCCCUUCUGCUCCAUCUACUUGACAGUUAUUGUAGGAAAUCUUACUAUCCUUCACUUCAUCCGUACUGAUGUCACCCUCCAUGAACCCAUGUACUAUUUCUUGGCCAUGUUGGCCCUCACAGAUUUGGGCCUUUGCCUUUCUACACUGCCCACCGUGCUAGGCAUCUUCUGGUUUGAUGCCAGAGAGAUUGGCAUCCCUGCCUGCUUCACUCAGCUCUUCUUCAUCCAUACCUUGUCUCUAGUGGAGUCUUCAGUUCUAUUGUCCAUGUCCAUUGACCGCUAUGUGGCCAUCUGCAACCCACUGCGUUACUCCACUGUCUUGACACCUACACGUGUUGUCAAGAUGGGACUGAGUUCAGUGCUUAGAAGUGCCCUGCUCAUCCUCCCCCUGCCAUUCCUUCUUAAGCGUUUUCGGUACUGCCGCUCCCAUGUGCUGGCCCACGCAUAUUGUCUGCACCUAGAGAUCAUGAAGCUGGCCUGCUCUAGCAUCAUUGUCAAUCACAUCUAUGGGCUCUCUGUUGUGGCCUGCACUGUAGGUGUGGACUCACUGCUCAUCUUCCUCUCCUAUGCUCUUAUCCUCCGCACCAUAGUAAGCAUUGCCUCCCGCCAGGAGCGACUUUGGGCCCUCAACACCUGUGUCUCCCACAUUUGUGCUGUGUUACUCUUCUACAUCCCCAUUAUUGGCUUGUCUCUUGUGCACCGCUUUGGUGAACAUCUGCCCCGCAUUGUACACAUCCUCAUGUCUUAUGUGUAUCUGCUGGUACCACCUCUCAUGAACCCCAUUGUCUACAGCAUCAAGACCAAGCAAAUCCGCCAACGCAUCGUUAAGAAGUUUGAGUUUAUAAAAUCACUUACGUGUUUUUGGCAGGAUUAG